UAUUCCAGAAUUUUGCUAAUUUUGUGAAAAUUAUCACAAUUUUCUCGUAAUUUCUGCGUUGAUCACCAAAAACUGGUCGCCAUGUAUUUGUUAGCAGGCUAGUGAAUCAUAUCGGGCCGAUUAAUAGCCAGAUUCGGACGCUAAAUAACGCUUUCUUUUGCCAAAUCGGUUUGGCAAGGAAGAGGAUUUUUCAUUUUUGAAGUCUGGAUUGAUUGAGUGGUGAGACUGAUGAAUCUCUGACCUUUCGUUCGGUUUCUCACACUGGCUCUCACCGACAACUAGUCAAAUCUUGCUAGCUCACUAAGUAAAGCUUGAAAAUGCACGAACAAUUUGCUCAAGUUUUGAACCAACGAGAUCUGUCGCGGGCAGGGGAUCUCUUCACGGUGGAAGAUAAGGAUAUCGUAGACGACUUGUCCGAAGUCAUCCAGAAGAUUGAAGAGAUCUCAAGUACGAAGGACUUCCUGAACAGUGAUAAUGACCAGAGCGUCGUCGAGAUUUGUAUAACGAGGGUCACAUCAGCAAUAAGGGAAACUGAGUCAAUAUCAAAACAUGUAUCUGCAUUGGUGAAUCUCCUGGAGUCGUGUCUGGAUCAGAAUCUGACUCCGUCAACGCGAGACGAGGACCCACCGCAUGCCAAGAUCGCCUCGGAUAUUCUGCGAUGUCUUUUCUUGAAUUAUCAUGCGCGGGCGGAGAUCAUGAAGGUGGCACUACCAGUCGCUGUGAAGUUCCUACCAAAAGACAACAAGGAGAUAUGCCGCAGUUUGACCAGCUAUCUGUCGCUGGUCGUCAUUGACAACGCGUCACUCCUUGCCGAACAGAUCCCGCGUAUUCUAGACAGUAUUAUUCUGGGUAACCCGGGUUUGGUGCGAGUCUUGCCACAGAUCUAUGAAGAGAAUAAAGAUCUGAUAAAGAAGAAAAUUCCUGAACUAAUGAACGUGAUGCCGUCAUGUGAGUCUGCUGAGUUGGCCAAUCUCCUCCAGUUGUUUGUAACCAUAGCGAAGUCUAAUCCCGAGCUAAUUGAGCCUCACAUCCCCAGCCUCCUUGAGAACACGUCGACGACGUCGGCAACACAGCUUGUUCAGAUCCUCACGAUACUCGCCGAAAAGGACGUCAACAGCUUCAUUCUCCACACGACGAAACUGAAAGAAAUCGGUGACAGCUAUCCAUCAACACUGCCACCUAUUGUCAAAAUACUUGGAACACUUGGCGAGUGUGACAAGGAUUUAGCAAAAGAAGUGCUAGAGUAUAUGGUUUCAAAACUUGGAAAUGACGACGUUUGCAGCAUUCAGCCCAUCUUGGAACAGAUUCAACUGAUCUCGACAGCGCACCCUGGUCUACUAGCGCCACAUAUUGACACAAUCUGUCAACACGAGGAGGUGUCUAGUAGCGCGGCCCUGAUUAUACUCGAGUUGAAACAAAUGGAAGCUGUCAAUAGCGGUCAAACAGAUGAAAAGGAAAUGAUCUCAACUGCCAGUCAGACGGAGGGUGAACUCAAAAUAUCAGAAUUGCAUAAGUCGACAGAAAAGUCCCAGGACUCCAAGGGGUCCACCGUGAAUCUCAGCAACGAUACGAAACAAGAUAGUGUCCCGCUGGCAACACCAGAGACAUCUGGGACAGAGUCGCCAACAAAAGAUGUUGGUACCUCAGCAGAGCCAUCGACUCCCGUAUCGACUGGCAGUGGCGCCAAUACUGUGCAGAAUAAUAACUAUACAGAACCAAAACGAGACACUGGUCAGCAUUUCUGUGAUAAACACUUGGGCAAGAUAAAGGCCUACAUCACCGAUGUUUCCAGGACUGUGCCUAUUCCGACGAAGUGCACGGUUGAAGAGAGCAAGUCCAAACGGCGGAUGGUGUUAUCGUAUUCGUGCAAUGGCUGCAGCCCCCACUGCCUCUACAGCGGAAACUAUUUCCUGCAUCGAACAAAGUUACCCAAGACCUGGGCUCAUCUCAUGUUCUUGUCAGAGCAGGCUCAGUCAGCACACGCUCUGAGUCAAGACGACCCUGCCAUAGCGAUGAUCAAGCAUGUGUGGGAGCGGUUAAAGACGGAAGCCACGUCGGGCGUGUUCACACGACUCGUUACCUCUUCCUUUCCUUCUCAAAAGGACCAGGAAGCUGUGGUUCACGAAUUACAGUCGAUACGCUUCUUCGAUGUCUUCGAAUACAGCGUGUCCCAGAAACAAUGGGUCUGCUUCCUGUGCAAUAAUCCCGACAAGGUCUCGGGGCUCUUACAAGACGGACAUCCUGUCAUUGAGGGUCAGCUCAAAGAGAAAAAAGGACGUUGGAAGUUCUUCAAACGAUGGAAAACGCGUUACUUCACACUGUCAGGAGCUAACAUCACUUACAGCAGAGGUGAUCAGAAAAAGGCGACACUACCUGUUAAUAAAAUUCAGAGCGUCAAAGCCGUGAAGAAAGGGGCGCGUCAGAUACCUAAGGCAUUUGAGAUUUUCACGAACGAUCAGACGAAAUUCGUUCUGAAGGCGAAGGAUGGGAAAAAUGCGGAGCAGUGGGUCCAGUGUUUGCAUAUUGCCGUUGCGCACUCGCAGAAACAGGACGACGGCAUUAUAGACUUGGCAGAAACGGUGUCGCAGACGCCAUCUGAUCCACAGACGAAGUUAUAGUGCUGCCACCUAUAGCUGUUUGUGCUAUGAUGAUAGUUGCAAUUUCAGUUGUUUGUUUGAGGCCGAAUGUUACGUGCGUUAAGAGAUGUAAAUAUUUGGGGAAGGGGCAUUGAAAUUGUUUGAAGGGACAAUUGGGUUUUGGGGUAUUGUGCAAUAAUGUCCCCUUUAAACCUGAUGGGGUGGGAUUUGAAUAAAGGAUUUAGCUGAAAGGUGUUGAUUAAUUUACAUUGAAUUGCUCUGAAAAUGAUACUGAAACUUAGGUAUGGAUGUCUUGAAACAUCCCACAUGGCCACAGAGGUGUGGGUGGAAUGAUUGCGACUUUUUGUGGUCGUCAGUUUUGCAGAGAUUAAAAAAAUUAUGGAUAUUUAAAAAUGAAUGUGAUUUAUUGGAGUUUGCCAAAGGAUUUGUUGUUUUAAUGUGAAUGAUAGUUGAUUGAUGUCGAGCCUCGGAGACGGCUACAGGCUUUUUCAGAAGUAAAUGUCACUGUUGUUUUGGGCUGCUGUUGAAAAACUAAAAGGCUGAUUUCUUCAAAGUUCGUUUUUUCUUAAAUCUGAUUUUGGGACCCAACACAAUUUCCAGGUCACGGAUUUGUAAAAAAGUUUUUUUAAACUCUUCAUUGGAGACCUCUGUAAUCAGGAUGCCUCUCUAUUAAGGACAGCAUCUGUUAGAUCGAACCAUAGGCUGUUCUUAAUAGAGAGGUUUUUCUGUACUAAACACAGUGUUCCGCAAGCAUUAAUAAAGAUUAGUAUUUGCAUGCAUCAAUUCUUACAAAAAUUUAUCAUAAGACUAGUCUGUAUUUAUUCUUGCUACCUAUCAUUAUUUCCUUUCUGUCUAUUUCUUAACUCUUUGAGAUCGCGUCAUUUUUUUCUGUCGCAGUACCAGGAACGUGCGAUUUUUCUUGAAAAACACUAUGUUCAACAAAAAUUAAAAAAAUAAAACCAAUCAUCAAAGCUACUUGCAUUAUAUAUCCCCUGAAAGGUCUUUCUGAAUACUGUUCUUUGCUUCAUAGCAUUCCAAUUUAGGUAAAACACCUGAUUUACAGUAUUUUUUUGAAGAAAUAUAGUUUUCACCCCUCACCGAAUUCCGAAAUAAUUGGCAGAACUAGACAUUCCACUAUGAUUCUUCUAGAAAGCCACAAAAAGUCAUAAAAAACAACACAGAAAAUGUUCCUAGAACUCCCCACCAACAAACUGCAUAAUAAAACAUUGUCUAAUGCAUCCAUGGGCUGUAAAUCGGAAUUGACCUGACAUUUUGACUGAAAAUUGUCUGCUAGCUAUCACCACCAUAUAUAAAUGUACACUCAACCAUCACCCGACCAUAGUAAGAAAAAAUAUUGGAACACAGCUGUUAGUAAUCUAGAAUGACGGUAAAUGUCUCUCAGAUCAAUUCCAGACAGUGCCGAGCACAGCUAAACCGUGUGUAGAAAGUAAUGUAUGCAAACGGCAUAGGUCGUUUAACGUUACUGGUGCCUUAUUUUUCCAAACGACCUAUGCCGUUCAACAGUCUCAAAGAGUUAAAAGUUCUGCUAAACGCCCAAAACGGGGAUUGUGUUGGCUCAAGUGGGUUUGUUUGUAUAUUUUGUUGCCGAUCGGUGCGUGAAAACAUGAAGUGGGCUUCCCGGUGCUGUGCUUUAACAUUCGUAGACUUUGAUAGAAUUUGAUGCCAUAAUAAUGUGUAGAAAUUAGAUUAUUUGAAAUUCUAGUCUUGAUACAUAUCAGGAGUGAGGAAGGACUUGAUUUGUUUCAUAUCUUCUUCAGGUUGAUCAGAUUUCCGGGAACUCUUUUCUUGAAACAGGGAAAUAACUGCUUCUAGCUGUUGGGAAAUUGUUCAUAUCGGUCUCAUAAAGUUUAUACGAGGAUGUCAUAUCUACCUCAUAAUGAAUCUUUUAAUACAUCCUGUCCUGCCGUUACGUCACUCUGACCACGACCAAUCCCAAAAAUGAUGACUUUUGCAGGAUACAGGGUGUGUAAAGUAGACCGGGGGUGCCUGCAGUAAAGUAACGGGAGGCUGUGAAACGUCAUGAAUGACGUCAUUUGAGAUGGCGCAAAACGUAUCUACGAAUUUUGUGUGGUACAUUGUUGGGUUUCCUAAGCUGUUAUCUCCAGUGUUUUUUUGCCGUUUCAUGGCUGGAAUGAAUUUUUUAAUGGAUUACACUGGUGAGACAGGAUGAAAAGAUGCGUAUAUGAGGUGGGUUAAAAUUUUUAGAAAAUGUUUGAAGUGUGAGUGAUGUGAACAUUUUCUAGACAUCUAGAAGAACACUUUAGCUAAUGGUUUGCUGGGGUCCUAUCAGCUGUAAGAUUGUUUCUCAUGCUUAGUAUGUAAGAGUUUCUGCUACAUUUUGAGAUGAUCUCUGUACUUAAUCUUGCUGUAUGCAUAUCUGAAUUCCAUUGCCAUUUCUCCAAUUGUGAAUAUUAUUUAGUGUAUUUUUUCUUAUUGUUGACCUUUGAUUGUUAUGCAUUGUAAAAAAAUCACUUCGAAACCCUCAAAUUGAUUUAAGGCAUUCCUCUUUGUCCAUUGGUUAAAACAAGUGUAGAUUAAUCUAUGUUUGGUGAUAAGAUAAAUGAAUAAAUGAGCCACGUUCAGUUUUGUAUAGAAGGGCGCAUAAAUGAAAAGAUUUAUUGAGGUUGCAGUGAAAGCAUUUUACUGUACUAUUCAUUUGUGACCUUCUCUGGCAUUUUAACCAACAGGGUCAGGGAUGACUAAAUAUAACAGAAAAUGCAUAGACUUUCAGGAGUGAAGUAGGAAAAAUAAAAGUGGGCCAUUUUGACCAGGGCCGGUUGAAUUGGUCGGUGGCCGAUUUGGCGGGUAAGCAUUUGGGGUCAAAGACAGAAGUCUAUGAAGUGAACAUGCUCAGGCUAUGCCAAUUGACAUAGCUUGAGCCUGUACAAAAUUACCUUUUAAAUCUUUUUCCUAUUUUCUUCCUUUCCUCCAUAUGUAUGAAUUGUAUCUAUCUCCCAAUGGCCCUAUAUUUGAGUUUUGAUUUCUACCUUCAAAGGCUUUCAUCGUCAUGCUGCUGCUUCUCAAACUUGCCAUAUCUGUAGUUGUAUUAUAUGUUUUAACAUUUAGGAAAAUUUAGGAAAAUUACCUUGACGUUUCGUGACAAAUCAAGUCAUUUCUGCAGAAUAUCGUGUCUUUAGUUCUUCUAUUCACCACUAGGGGUGGUGGUCAACACAGCCAGGAGCCUGAAAAAGAGGGAGCGUGCACUGCAUUUCUCAUCAAAUCCUGUUGUGUUCCAAAAUUGCAUGGUCUAUUCCAAAGAUCUUUCAUGAACAAGGGGGGCAUGGGUCUGGUGCGCCCCCCUCCCCCUUUGGAUCUGUGCCUGAGCUUGGUAAAGGAGUCCAUCUGGCUUUGGAAAAUGUCGAACAUGAAGAGAGAUGAAGGGGGCGUCGAACUAUCUCACGUAUGGCAUUGUUGACCGCCCCCCUAGUGGUCAACAGAAGAACCAAGACACUUUCUUCUGAGAUAAUGCCUUUGUCAUGAAAGUAAAGUUAAAUAUUUUUAACUCUUUCGAGAAAGGAUAAACAUUUAUUCUAUAUGUUUUAAUUUGAUUGUUUUUUAUGUAUAAAAAAUAUUGUCUGAUGUACGAGUAAAUUAUUGUGAGGUUGUAACUUCCAUAUCAUUUCGGGCUUAUCGUUUGAUCCGAGAGUGGUUGGUUCCGAACAUGUCUGGUAUUAAAGCACUUCGUUCUUUACAGGUCAAGCUUCUGUGAAGAUCUAUAAUAGUGACUGUUAUUGUAAAGCACUUUGAAACAGAUCUGCACUAAAAAGAUUGAACAAAAUCGAAAAAAAUACAGGGUGACCCAAAAAAAAUGCAAAACGACCAUUUUUGUUGAAAUUGCAUACCACAAAGAAUGUUUCAGCACCAGGCUUGAAACUUUGUGUGAAGUUCAUGUACAAUGUAUCCACUGGAGAUAAUGUGUGCCGGAUUUGGACCUGAAAACUCAGUAAUACUGCUAUGCUUUAAAAAGAAUUUGCUGUGCUCUAGGAGGAGUUAUUCUCCAAAGUCAGGGGUAUCAUUUGCCUACUUACAUAUCACCCAGCCAUGGAAAGAGAAAAACUUGUCCACUUGAUCCCGUCAUGUUGGUGAAAGAAAUAGCUUUAAAAUCUCUAAAAGGUCAAUGUUCGCUUCACACCACUUGACCAGAGUAGAACUGUUGAUAAACUGCACAGGUGAUUCUGACUAGUUCAGGUGGAAUGAACUUGUUAACAAACUGAAUUGUUUUCGAUGUUAUUAGCUAGAGAUUUUCACUGUUUUCAGAAGAUGCUAGCUGUUUGUUGAUUGCCGGCUGUUUCUGUGUAUUAUGGCUGGCGGUUUCUGGCAAUAAAUGUGGAAAAAUACUUCAA